AGAGUCAGCGAUUGAGAAGGGUGAAAUGGUGAAGUAUUGACAAUGAGGUCUCUCUAUGUUUGUCUCUCUGCAGUCCUCCUGUCAGUCUUGGUGCGGGGUUACAAUUUUUCUCUGAAUGGUUGGUCAAUGACAGGCGCGGACAGUGUGAGCGCUGAGAAAGGAGGCUCCGCUGUUUUACCCUGCAGCUUCACCCACCCAGACACUAAUCUCACACUCACCGGCUCCGUGAUAUGGAAAAGUCAGAACAAAGAUGUUAUCUUUAAAUGUGCAUAUCAUUCCCAGGGUGAGCUGUGUGAGAAUGUGAUACAGCGGGACGGUGGAAACCGAUUCAGAUUCGUGGGGAACCUCAGCAACAAAGAUGCCUCAAUAAUAAUAGACGGACUGGGCCAGGAGGAUAAGGGUUCCUAUCGGUGUCGUGUAGAGCUCAACAUUGGCAAAUUUGAAACACAGACUCCAACAAAGCUGGAAGUGAAAGCUGCUCAGGGAAAUGUCUCAGUGGUGAGUGGGACAGAGGGAGAUUCAGUUACUUUACCCUGUAUUGUCAAGUUCAGGAAGCCCUCCCAACUGACCACUGUUACCUGGAUGAGGAAGGAACCCUACCAACACAUUGUUACAUUUACAGCCCAGUCACAGGGAUAUUGGACAAUUGUAAACGGUGAAAAUCGGUACAAGCUCGUCGGGAACACAGAGAAGGGAAAUGCCACAACCAGGAUAAACCAGCUGAGAGUGAGCGACAAUCACACUUACCUGUGUCAGGUGGAAUACAGAUCAAGACAGUCACCAUCUGAGAAUUCUCAGCAUCUAAUCCAGAAAGAGAUAUGCCUGCAAGUACAUGUGAAGACGACUGACUCCACCACUCUAUAUCCAUUUAUCUUCCUGAUCAUCAUCUUCAUUAUCAUCAUCAUUAUUAUCAUCAUCUUCAUCAUCUUCAGGAAGAAAGGAGGGUGUUCACAGCAAAUCAAGCGGCCCACACCUUGGAAAAGGAAUGAUCCAGAUUCAUCCAGCAUUCCCAGGACUGAUCAGUCCCAGCAGCCAACUGCUCCAGGUGGCAAGAGAUUCACAAUCAGUGCUUCAGAAGACCCUCAGCCUGAUUCCUGUACCUAUGCCAGCAUCGUGUUUGACAGCAACAGAAAAGUUCAAGGUGGCCAGACUUUCUCAGUUGUUGAUUCAGGAGAAACUGAUGUGACCUAUGCAGCCAUUGUGAAAACAUAUUAGGAUUGAACGUUUACAUGUUCCACUCAUGGUUGGCCAGUGAUAAUUAUGAAUUGUGUCCAUGAUGUGGAAGAGGAGCCAGCUGCCACAAUUUCAUCCACCCAUACACCAACUGCGCAGACACUAGCUCUUUGAUAUAUAACACAAUUUUACCAACUGCACUUAUUCUACUCCAAGUGAUUCACCACUUGAGCUGAGUGGGACUGUAAUCCGAAAGUGGACUGUUCAGUUGGUUCAAUGUUUGUUGCAGUCACUAUGAUAACUGAUCUCUGUUCACUGACCGGGAUUGUUAUAAAGGCUUCAUAUUUAAUCAUUUUUGUGGACUUGAAUUUGAAGAAUUGUGGAUUUCUGGAUUUGAUUUUUAUUUGACAGAGGUCAGCAAAAUGAUACCGGAGCAUUUUAUUAAUCAAGGCAUGUAUUGAUAAAUUUUUUGAGAAGAUUUGUAGCUCGGGUUGUGGAUGAGGUUGUAGACUUGUUCGCCAAGCCGAUGUGUUUGGUUGCCGACAUUUUGGCACCCUGCUAGGUAAUGGUGUUACCUAGCAGGGUGACGAAACAUCUACAACCAAACAUAUUGGCUCGGCGAGCAAGUCUACAACCGCAUACAUUGAUAGUCACAUGUUUUGCAACAACUUUUUUUUUAUUCAUUUGUGGGAUGUGGGCAUUGCUAGCUGGGCCCAGCAUUUAUUGCCCGUCCCUAGUUGCUUGAGAAUGUAGUGUUUAGCUGCCUUCUUGAACCAUUGCAGUCCAGUUGGGUUGCAUUAUGGGUUGACCCAUAAUGCCUUCAGGGAGAGAAUUCCAGGGUUGAUGACUGCAGAAUGUCUGCCUGGGUUUAUGAUUAUUGGCAUCUGCUUUGGAUAUUGAAUAGUUAAAGAGCAGCUUACUAAAGGAAACAAGCUGCCCAAUUUAGCCGAGACAACAAGGUGCAGGGC